AUGCUCGCAAUCGCCAAGGCCUUCUCCCGGGCGUUGGGCGGGCGAGGGAUCGAAACUCUGGGGGUACGUGCCUAUGCCAAGGCACUCGGCGAUCAGAGCACCCUCCCCCUGUCCACCGGUCGGCCCCGGUUAGUCAUCCUGGGCACCGGGUGGGGCGGGGCGCGUCUGGCCCGCGACAUCGAUCCCAAGAAGUUUGACAUCACGAUCAUCUCGCCACGCAACCACAUGGUGUUCACUCCUCUCAUCGCUUCCAGCUGCGUGGGCACCCUGGAGCCCCGGUCUGUGACGGUGCCCAUCACCGACAUCCAGCCUGCCCUGCGUCUUCCCCAGAACAACUUCCUGCUGGCAGAGUGCGACGCGGUGCACACCCAGGACCGGCUGGUGGAGUGCAGCAGCACGCACGACGGGCUCAAGUUCUUUGUGCAGUACGAUGUGCUGGCCAUCGCCACUGGCUCCCAGGGCAGUACCUUUGGGAUCCCGGGGGUCACCGAAUACACCAUGCCGCUGCGGGACGCCGCAAACUCCACCGACAUCCGCACGCGCCUCAUCCAGAACUGGGGCGAGUCCAGCAUCCCGGGCCGCAGCCCGGCGGAGCGGGCGCGCCUGCUGCACGUCUGCGUCGUGGGGGGCGGCCCCACCGGCGUCGAGUUUGCCGGGGAGCUGGCCGACUUUGUGCGCAAGGACUUGGCCAAGCUGGACCCCAACCGCGCGCGGGACAUGCGCAUCACGCUGAUCGAGGCCGACCAGCUGCUCAGCAGCUUCGACGCGCGGCUGAGGGAGUAUGCCGCGCUCAAGCUGACGCGCGCGGGGGUGCACCUGGUCAAGGGCAUCGUGAAGGAGGUGCGCAAGGACGAGCUGGAGCUGAAGAACGGGGCCGUGAUUCCCUACGGCCUCUGCGUCUGGUCCACGGGCGUGGGCCCCACCUCCUUCUCCCUGUCCCUGCCCUUUGAGAAGACGAUGCGCGGCCGCCUGGCCGUGGAUGACCGCCUGCGGGUGCUGGCGCGGCACGCCGAUGGGCGGGGCCCCACUUCGCUGGAGGAUGUGAGCAUGAUCCAGGAGGAGCGUGCGGCGGCGGGGCAGCCCACGGGCCGCCCCAUCCCCUGUAUCUUUGGGCUGGGGGACGUGGCGGCCACGCAGGAGACGCCACUGCCCGCGCUGGCCCAGGUGGCGGAGCAGCAGGGGCGCAUGGCCAGCGUGGGGGGCACCAGCGCCGUCAUCGAGCUGGGCGGGAGCGGGCAGCAACAUGUGCGCUGGAGCGGGUUCACCUCCUGGAUCGCGUGGCGCUCCGCCUACCUCACCCGCCUGGGCACCAUGAAGCACCGCCUGUACGUCAUGAGCGACUGGACCAUGUCCCUCAUCUUCGGACGGUGA